UAUUUUCAUUGAACGUCAAUUCUUUAAAAAAUUAAUUUUUCAAAAUUUCUCGUUUCUGAAUAUGAUACAAUUUUAAUGAUUCUUUUGUUUUCUCAUGACAUUUUGCAGUUCCUAACAGCAUUUGCGCCAUUGGCAAAUCACACUCGUGGGCCCAUUCUUAAUGGCGACAGCGCCAAAAAGGAAAAACGACCAAGGCGGAGUCAUUGGCGUAAGUUCAUCGCAGGACCUCGUUACCGACCAGAGCUCGGGUCGCCGCCAGGAGCAGAAGGUCUACACCUUCAAUGAUCGUCCUCCGCCGAAUCCCACUGGACCACCAGGACUUCAGGCGAAACCUGAUGACAAAACCAAGCCUCAGAAAACGAUCCUUGAAGAGCAUGGCAUCAUUCUUGGUAAGGUGAUUGGCACAGGCAAUUAUGCGAAAGUCAAAAUCGGCUUUUCGGAGGAGUACGGCAAGAGGGUUGCCGUCAAAAUCAUAUCCAAGGUGAAGGCCCCUUCCGAGUACACGCAGAAGUUCCUGCCUCGGGAGAUCGAGGCGGUGAAGGGCUUACACCACGAAAAUUUGAUUACCUUCUAUCAGAGCAUAGAGACCAGCCAUAGAGUAUACCUGAUUAUGCAGCUAGCUGAGAAUGGAACGCUACUGGACUACGUGCGUGAGCGCAAGUUCCUGGAUGAGCCGCAGUCGCGCACGCUUUUUAAGCAGCUGGUGAGUGCGGUGGAGUACAUCCACAGCAAGGGAGUGGUGCAUCGGGACAUCAAGUGCGAAAACCUGCUGCUGGAUGAGAACUGGAACCUGAAGUUAAUCGACUUUGGGUUUGCACGCAAGGAUACCCGGACUCCCGAUAACCAAGUGAUCCUCUCAAAAACCUUCUGCGGAAGCUACGCUUACGCCAGCCCCGAGAUUUUGAAGGGUGUGGCCUACGAUCCGUUUAUGUCGGAUAUCUGGGCUUGCGGCGUCGUCUGCUACGCGAUGGUCUUUGGUCGUCUUCCCUAUGAUGGAUCUAAUGUACAUAUCCUGCUCAAACGCAUUAACCAGUCUCUGGUGUUUCCAAAAUCCCCGUCAGCAUCCAGUGAGUGCAAGCACAUGAUAAUGCACAUUCUAGCGCCCGUUAAGAUCCGGUACAAUGUUCCGCAGAUCAAGGAGGACCCUUGGUAUUCGAUAAGUAAAUAAGUAUGGUUCUGUAAAAAAACGCCAAACAUUUAAGGGAAAAACAUUGCGGGUUUAAUUAUAAUAUAUAUCUAUAAACCACUUA